CCUAACUAGACCAUACUCGCGGAUUCCUCUAAUGCGCCGGCCAAAAGCACCUGAUUAUCGUUUAGCAGCACGACUCGGAGCUUGUGCUGGCAAACGGUCCUAAAUCAGCCGAUACUUAUGACGGGAGGCCGCCAUUCCAUGUCAAUUCCAUGUACAGCCUGGCCCGGGCAAGCAAGGCUUGAACUUUUACUCUAAAGUCAAGGUAAGGUUUUUGCGAAGCAUCGAUUUUUCCCCAGCAGCCGCUGGCUCGUUGUCAGUGUGCUCACGCAUCCCACGCGCACGCCGUGUGCUUCAUUUGUGUUCCUACAAGCCCACGCUUACAAAAAGCAAUUAUUCCAUCUGUUUGAUUCUGCCACACACUAGUAUUUUCUUGUUUUACUAACAAAUCAUGCCAGUGCAAGGAGCUACGCUCUUUACCGCUAUUAGACGCUCGUUGGGUCCGCAGAGCAGACCGCUGGCACGAGGCUUUGCGAAUUCGAUGAGCUUACAAUAUGGGAAGAAGAUUGCAGUGGCGAACCCCGUCGUGGAGCUUGAUGGAGAUGAGAUGACGAGGAUUAUCUGGAAAAAGAUCCGCGAGGAGCUCAUCCUUCCUUAUCUACAACUGGACAUCAAGUACUACGACCUCGGCCUUGAGUACCGUGACCAGACCAACGACCGAGUAACCGUGGACGCCGCCAAUGCCAUCAUCGAGCACAAGGUCGGCAUCAAGUGUGCGACGAUCACGCCGGACGAGGCUCGUGUGGAGGAGUUCAAGCUCAAGGAGAUGUGGAAGAGCCCAAACGGCACGAUCCGUAAUAUCCUCGGCGGAACCGUGUUCCGUGAGCCCAUCAUCUUGGACCGUAUUCCCAAGCCAGUUCCAGGAUGGGUGAAGCCAAUUGUCAUCGGCCGUCAUGCAUUUGGUGACCAGUACCGUUCAACGGACUUCGUCGCACCGGGACCAGGGAAGCUCCAGCUCGUAUACAUCCCAGCUGAUGGAGGAGCAAAGACUGUCAUGGACGUGUAUGACUUCAAGGGAAGGGGUGUUGCCAUGAGUAUGUACAACACUGAUGAGUCAAUAACUGGCUUUGCACACUCAUCAUUUAAGAUGGCUCUCCUUAAGAAGAUGCCUUUGUUCAUGUCAACCAAGAACACCAUCAUGAAGAAGUAUGAUGGUCGUUUCAAGGAUAUCUUCCAAGAGAUCUAUGACUCGCAGUACAAGGACGCUUAUGAGAAGGCUGGCAUAUACUACGAGCACCGCCUUAUCGACGAUAUGGUUGCACAGGCGAUCAAGUCCUCUGGCGGUUUCGUCUGGGCAUGCAAGAACUACGAUGGUGACGUGCAGAGUGACAUCCUCGCUCAGGGCUUCGGUUCCUUGGGCAUGAUGACCUCAGAGCUGAUCACCCCUGAUGGCCAGGUCGUCGAGAGUGAGGCUGCCCACGGUACCGUUACCCGACACUACCGUGAGUACCAGAAGGGCAACGAGACGUCGACCAACCCCGUUGCAUCGAUCUUUGCGUGGACCCGUGGACUUCUCCACCGUGCUAAGCUGGAUGGCAAUGAAGAACUCAAGAAGUUCUGCUUGGACCUCGAGGCUGCAUGUGUGGAAACGAUUGAUAAGGAUGGGAUCAUGACCAAGGAUCUUGCUCUUGCUAUCCACGGCAAGAACAUGAAGAGAGAACAUUGGGUUAUCACUGACAAGUACAUGGAUGCCGUGAAUGCUAAGCUCCAGAAGAAGCUUGCUGAAGGAGCCACUGCUUUACUUUAAGCGUGUGUCGCGCAUAACGAUCUAUCUGUCUUUGUAAAUAGAUGGCAUGUAUGUUUGGGGAAGUAUUCUACAUUUCUAUUGCAACGUGCGGUGCGCGAGCGUCGUCGUAGCCUUAUACCAAUUUGAAUGAAUUCAGAUGUGUUUGUUGUUUAUUUCCUU